CCUAGCUUUUUAAUACCCCUUCUCCCUUCUGCACAAGCCGUCUUGCUCAAGAGCUCCGAAAACGUCAAAGCCACACCGGAAGCCAUCGCUCAGUUCUGCGAGAGCCUGACCAACCUCGGCGACGUCUACGUCAACGACGCCUUCUCCUGCCUCGACAUGGACCACAGCUCCCUCACCGGCUACUACAAGACGCCGCGCGUCGCCGGGUUCCUGGUCAAGAACGAGCUCAAGUACAUGGCCAAGGUGUUCAACAACCCCAAGCGGAAGUUCCUGGUCAUCGUUGGCGGGAAGAUCAGCAAGGAGAAAGUCUUCACGAUGCUGGAUCUGAUGAAGGAGGUCGACGACAUUAUUGUGGCUGGAGAGAUCGCCUCCAUCUUUCUAAAAUUCGAUUUAGGCAUGGCGUCGAGUAACUCAAAGUACGAUAACUCCAUUGAGGAAAUGGUCAAAGCGAUUAUCACUCUGGCACCUUACUACAAAUGUAACCUCCACUACCCCGUGGACCUCUGGAUAGCUGAGCCCGGGGGUGAGAACCCCUCACUGCAUAGCAUCACGAAGCCCAUACCAGAAGGCAAGGAGAUAGUUGAUGUUGGGGACUUGAGCGCCACAAUGUUUGCUCGGAUCGUCAAGAAGUCCAACAUUAUCCUCUGGACUGGAACUUUGGGGGUUACAAAAAUUGAUGCUUUUGCAAAGGGCACCAAAGUUCUGCUUGAUGCCAUCAAGGAAAUUUCCAAUGACCCCGAGAAAGAAGUCAUCUCCAUCGUCUGCGGGCGCUCGUGUAGCGAGUUCAUCAACAGCUACAACCCAACCUACGAGGGCAUCACACACCUGUCUACAGCUGGCACUGCCGUUAUGAAGCUCCUGACGAAUAGAAAACUGUUCGCAUUAGACGCCUUAACCUGUAAGCCGUCCAAGAAAUUGCCCAACUUUAUGACUGCAGACAUCAACAGUGAGUUCACCGACCAGCGCGUGUUGGUCAAGGCCGAUUUGAACCUUCCCCUGGACCGUUUGAAGGAUCCGUUUCCUCUGAAGCAACUGAUACCACUGAUCAAGUUCCUUCAGCGUAAGGGUGCCAGGGUUAUCACUCUGAUUGGUCACGUGGGUAACCCAAGUGGGAGAAGGGAAAGCUACUUUAGUCUCGCACCUGUCAAAACGGCUCUAGAAGAAGUCUUGGACCAGCCUGUGACGUUUGUGUCCGAUGGUGUUGCCGACAACACUGACGUCAUCAUCAGAAGCCAGGAACCAGGGCGGGUCGUCCUGCUGGAGAACAUCCGGUUCCACCCGGAAGAGGAAGGGAUUAGAGACGGCCCUCCUGGCUCGAAGCUCACGAUCAACAUCUCACACGAGGCGCUCAACGACUUCCGCAAUAAGCUUUCAUCACUGGGUGACGUAUUCAUCAAUGAGUCGUUUGGCACGUUGUACGAAUCUAACACCUCAGUCGUAGGGCUGAAACAUAAACAAAAACUGGCAGGCCCAACUUUAAAGAAGGAAGUGACCAGGUACAUGGAACUAAAGAACAACAUGGAGCUCCCUCUGUUGGCCAUCUAUGGAGGGGAACCCACUGUGGAUUACAUGCUCAGGAUCUACGACAGUCUCGAUGUGGUCAACGAGGUUAUUUUGUGUGGAGAUUUAGCCCUGGCGUUUUAUAAAGUGGACGAGUCUAUCAAGCUAGGCAAAACUCCAGUGAAUGUCAAUACACUGAAAUAUGUCCCUAAAAUAGUUAAAAAAGCGAGAGCGAACGGCAUCACCCUCCAUCUUCCGGUCGACUUCGUCAUAGCCGAGCAGCUCACCAAAGAGCCGGCACCCAUAAUCCCCGGCCAGGAAGAGCCACAGGAGCCAGCGGACCUCUUGCCGGAAACGGAAGUGGUCAUCGUAUCCCAGGGCAUCCCCAAAACCCACCAGGUGUUUGAUAUAGGACCCUCCAGCAUCAUGAACUUCGCGCAAGUCAUCUCGCACGCCAAGACGAUCAUCUACGUGGGAAAUGCGGGGUACUACGAGCAUGAACCUUUUAUGGCGGGGACGAAAGCACUAUUCUCCGCCAUUCAGGCUGCCACUAACUCAGGGGUACCCACCGUGGCCCUGGGUAUGGAGACGGGCGUGUGUAUCGGUCAGAUGAACGCCGUCGACGUCUUCUCUUCCUACAGCACCAGCCUCGCCACCUUCCUGCACAUCCUCCUCAACAAGCCCCUCCCCGGGCUCUCGGUCCUGACACCCGCUACAGAAAAGAAACUGAAGAGGCUUCGCAUAGACCAGAUAGAGCUAAGAGGCAAGCGAGUAUUAAUACGUUUGGAUCUCUUUGUCCCAACCGUAGAUGGCGUAGUGUUAGACUCGGAUAAAUUGGAAGACGCUGUGCCAACCAUCAGACUGGCACUAAAGAUGGGUGCUAAGUGCGUGGUUCUGCUGGGUCACCGAGGUGAGCCUAAUGGUUACAGGAACCAGUACCUGACUCUGGCACCGUUGAUUGAAGAGUUCAACCAGAUUCUGGAGCUGAAAGUCUCCUUCAUUGACCGACCAUGCAGCACUAAAGCCAAGAGCAUACUGGCCGAGCCCACCCAGGGGAGCGUCUUCCUGAUGGAGAACCUCAAGUUCUACCCCGCGGAAUAUGGGCGGGACGCUGAGCCCCCGGCUCAGCACCACAGUCAGGAGCCCACCAGCGAAGGUAUCGCAGCGGACAGGACCGUAUCCGGGUCCCGGAUGAAGCCGGAUAGUAAAGCAAGUGACGAUGACCUAACCGCCGGCGACGACACCAUCCACUCCAUCAGCGACGGCGACGGGGGCCGCAGCAUCGACGCCAUCAUGUUCCAGUACAUGUCCAUCAAGUCGGUCCAACAGUACAAGGAGGAGAUCGCCGCAUGCGGUGACGUCUUCAUCAACGAUGACGUCACGGACGUGGAAGAAACCCUGACGUCACUAGAAGGGUUCGGACUGGCGGAGCGAGCCGUAGGUCUCCAGAUGAUCCAGUACCUCCAGGAUUCGGACGAUUCCGUCUACGACUUGCCUGGUUUAGUUAACCUGUCUCCUGCCCCUGUGGGUUAAUCCUAAUCCUAAUACUUGCCUUAUCAAUUGUUUCUUAAGCUGGUCUAAAUUUAGAUAUCUAGCCCUAUUUAAUUUUUAGAAUUAAUUAUCAUUUCAUACACACAAAAAAGUGUAAUGUUCGAAUCGAAAUAAGCCCGACGUUUCAACAUUAAUAAGAAAAUUAAUUUUAUUUUUUUUCUAAAAUUAAAUACAAAUAUUUUACUUAGCAUCACAAAAGAAUAAGUAUAAAUACAGUUUAAGGGUAAUAAAAUGGUUCUUAUGCUUUAUUUUCUAAUUGUAUAAUCUUGAUUUUUCGCCCAUGUGUCAUCUCACAAGAAUAAUUAUGUCAGCAUUUUCUAAUGGAUUGCAAUAUCAGACAAUAAA